AUGUCGUCUUCCUAUACUACAGAUAUAGUCUGGUACAGUUCCUUUACCUGUAUUAUCAAGGUUGUUGUUGCUACCCUGGCACAGUUCCUUUACCUGUAUUAUCAAGGUUGUUGUUGCUACCCUGGCACAAUUCCUUUACCUGUAUUAUCAAGGUUGUUGUUGCUACCCUGGCACAGUUCCUUUACCUGUAUUAUUAAGGUUAUUGUUGCUACCCUGGCACAGUUCCUUUAUCUGUAUUAUCAAGGUUGUUAUUGCUACCCUGGCACAGUUCCUUUACCUGUAUUAUCAAGGUUGUUGUUGCUACCCUGGCACAGUCCUCUUACCUGUAUUAUCAAGGUUGUUGUUGCUACCCUGUAUACAAGGUUGUUGUUGCUUCCUUGGUACAGUUCCUUUACCUGUGUUAUACAAGGUUGUUGUUGCUACCCUGGUACAGUUCCUUUACCUGUGUUAUACAAGGUUGUUGUUGCUACCCUGGCACAGUUCCUUUACCUGUAUUAUCAAGGUUGUUUUUGCUACCCUGGCACAGUUCCUUUACCUGUAUUAUCAAGGUUGUUGUUGCUACCCUGGUACAGUUCCUUUACCUGUAUUAUACAAGGUUGUUGUUGCUACCCUGGCACAGGUCCUUUACCUGUAUUAACCAAGGUUGUUGUUGCUACCCUGGUACAGUUCCUUUACCUGUGUUAUACAAGGUUGUUGUUGCUACCCUGGCACAGUUCCUUUACCUGUAUUAUCAAGGUUGUUGUUGCUACCCUGGCACAGUUCCAUGCAGUUACCAUUGCCUGGAAGCAAUCUAUUGAGGAUGAUUCUAUUUUGGAUGUUCAUCCGUACUUAGCUCGACCCUAUCCUAUUCCUACCGAAGAACGAAUACUUUUAAUUAACAGGUAUGCUUUGCUAUGUAGAUCAUGGUCGUCUGCACGCUUGGAUCCAAAACUUGAGAAGAAACUGAAUUUACUGAAAACAUAUUCACAAAGAGUCGAUGAUGAAACACAAAUCGUGGCUGAUUUCUCAAACCCCACAGGAACAGUUGGUCUAGGAUUGGUUCAUCCCGAAGAUUUGUUUUAUUAG